AUGAACGGCCGUGGUCCCCUGCUUGCCGUCAUUCUAUUGCUGGCGCAUGCCGUCGUCACAUCCCAAGGUGCAGCAACAGCAGAGGCAGCAUGCGUGGGAUCGGCUUGCACACUGCAAGUGUCUGCCGCGCUCCCUCCAGAGCACACGCUCUUCCUCGCCCUGAACCACCUGCGCUACGCUGCGGGUGCGCCGCCCCUCUGCAACUCCACCGUGCUGAGAGCAGUGGCGCGCGAGUGGCUGCGCAACCUGUGGCUCGCAGGGCUCACGCCUGACUGCCGGAAUGGGUCUCAGGGUGCUGGUGCUGCUACAGCAGGUCUUGGCAUGGAAACGCCUGAAUGCUACCAGGCACCUCUGCUUCCCCACGUGCGCAAAGAGUACACCCGGUACACUCCAUUCAUCACCUCGCUAUACUCCCUCUUUGGAACCUCCAACUCGUCUAACCUGCAAAGCUCACUGUCGAGUGAGAAUGCCGGUGCAGCUGAUGAAGCAGCUAGGGCGUUCGUACAAUCCACGUUCGCUAGGCUCCAUUCCUCUUCUCCCUCCCCCCCUGCAUUAAUCGACUAUCUAAUCUCCGAUGUGGGAAUCUACCUCAUGGAAGGCUCGGGCAUACAGGAAGAACCGGAGCCGUGGGAGGAUGAGAGGAGUACAAGCACAGCGAGCAUGCAUGGGGGAGGUUCCGGUAGUCGUAAUGGUCUGUCCUCCUUACCAAAGGGCGCUGAAGAAGAGAGAGCUGGGGAGCACAACUGGUGGGUGGCCGUGGUUGUUGGCCAGAUGGGAAGAGGCUUGCAGUCGUUCUGUGAGGUUCGGGGCCAAGUGGUCAGCAUUCCGGGCCGUGCUAUUUUGGUUUGA